GAAUUGCCCGGAACAAAGAUGGCAGGCGUGGCCUCAGUGCGGGCAGCCUGAUCGCAGCGCCAGGCUCGGGCGCGGGGACACAAGCGCGGCGACCAUGGAGCAGGGCAGCAGCGGCAGCGACGGCCACCCCGGCGGGGGCGCGCGGCAGCGGGAGUUGGAGCGUACGGCCGAGGUCCUCGUCACCGGGGAACAGCUGCGGCUCCGGCUACACGAGGAGAAGGUCAUCAAGGACCGGCGACACCACCUCAAGACCUACCCCAACUGCUUUGUGGCCAAGGAGCUUGUUGACUGGCUGCUGGCGCACAAGGAGGCCUCAGACCGCGAGACGGCGGUCAGGCUGAUGCAGAAGCUGGCGGACCGGGGCAUCAUCCACCACGUGUGUGACGAGCACAAGGAGUUCAAGGAUGCCAAGCUGCUCUACCGCUUCCGGAAGGACGACGGCACCUUCCCGCUGGACGGCGAGGUCAAGGCCUGCGUGCGGGGGCAGCGGCUGUACGAGAAGCUGAUGAGCCCCGACUGCGCCCUCCUGCAGCCCCGCGAGGAGGACGGCGUCCGCUACGAGCGCACCUUCGUGGCCUCCGAGCUGCUGGACUGGCUGGUGCAGGAGGGUGAGGCCACCACGCGGCCGGAGGCCGAGCAGCUCUGCCGGCGCCUCGUGGAGCAGGGCAUCGUGCAGCACGUGUCCGGCAAGCGCCCCUUCACGGACAGCAACCUGCUCUGCCAGUUCCGCACCAACUUCCGCAGGCGCCGACGGCUGAUGGAGCUGCUCAGCGAGCCGACCCCGGGCGCCCCCGACACGCACGACAGCCCCUUCUGCCCUCGCAGGCAGAGCCAUGACGCCCGCAAGGCCACCAGCUUCGUGUCGGUGAGUCCCAGCAAGGAGAUCAAGGUGGCGUCCGUGGGGCGCAGGAGCAGCCUGAGCAGUGGCGGCAGCAGCGGCUACUUCAGCAGCAGCCCGACCCUGGGCAGCAGCCCCCCGGUGCUGUGCAACCCCAAGUCCGUGCUGAAGAGGCCCGUCACCUCGGAGGAGCUGCUGAGCCCUGGGGCGCCCUACGCCAGGAAGACAUUCACGAUCGUGGGUGACGCGGUGGGCUGGGGCUUCGUGGUGCGAGGAAGUAAGCCAUGCCACAUUCAGGCCGUGGACCCCAGCGGGCCGGCAGCUGCUGCGGGCAUGAAGGUGUGCCAGUUCGUGGUGUCAGUGAACGGGCUCAAUGUGCUGCACGUGGACUACCGCACCGUGAGCCACCUCAUCCUCACCGGGCCGCGCACCAUCGUCAUGGAGGUGAUGGAGGAGCUGGAAAGCUGAGCCGCGCCUCGGGGGUCACAGCGCCGCCCUGCCUCGCGCACACUGUCUCAGCCCGCGUGGCCUGCACUGUGCGAGUGACGAAGUCGGGUAACACUCCUAAAAAAGCAAGUAAACAAGCCAGGUGCGGUGGUCCUCACAGCGCUCGGGAAGCUGAGGCAGGAGGGUCUCAGAGAGUGCAAGGUCAGGCUGAGCUACAGAGUGAGACUGUCUCAAAAAUAAAGAAGGAAAGAAAUGAAGUCAGGGCAGAAAACAUCCGGGAAGCAGUUUUCUUACAGGUCAGCUUGCCUUAAUACAUUUCUGUUUCUCCCGCUGAUACGUUGUUACUGUUUUUUAAAUCAUGGUUUGCAGAAAGUUGGUGAAGCAGCUAAAGGUCUCUCUUAGGAAUCGCCAGAGUAAAUAUGUCCACCUUAAAUUGUACAUCAGGCUGGGUGCGCUUGCAGUCCAAGCUACUCAGGAGGCUGAGGCAGGAAGGUCUCUUGAGCGCAGAGGUUCAAAGCCAGGCUGGAGCACAUACAGAGACCCAAUCUCAGAAGAAGAGAGUGAGUGUAUGUCCCCCAGGCUGGUGGGAUCCUGUGACACAGUCUAGAUUUCACCAAGCUUUAAAAGAAAGUGACUCGGACCCACCUCGGCCUGCUAACCAGCGUUUCCAUACCAGAUCUGCAGGAAAACAAACAUGGCAGCCUCCCUGCUCUCCAUGCAGGGGGCAGAGGACCUGGUUCUCGGGGGGGUUCUUCCCUGUGCCACAUUCAGAUGUCGGGGUGCUGGGUCCCUCAUGUCACAUAGGCAUUCUGAACGGCAAGUUCACUCUUGUGCACUCACAAAAUGAAGUAUGCGAGCUCCUCCUCAGUCCCCUCCUUCUGAGAGGUCACCACCUGUAAUCCCGUCUUGGGAGGCUGAGGCAGGAGGGUCGUUGUGAGAUCGAGGCCAGCCUGGCCUCCUCGUGAGACCCUGUCUCAGAAGCAAGGUGGGGAGGGUGCUUGGGUGACACCUCUGCCUCUGGUCACCUCACGUGGGCCCUGUGCCUCGGGUACCCGACCUGCUCCAAGCCUGUCCAGACCCCCAGGCAGAUUUCAUCAACCACGAUUCUCAGAGGAUCAAAGCUCUCCUCCGUUCCAGGGCAGGUCCCUGGCCCCAGCGGACGGCUGGCUCUGUGUUACGCUUGGGCGUCACCUCAUUUGUCCUGGACAACCUGGCCUGUCUUUGCUGCAGAGGAGAUGGCCUGGGACAGAGGAGGCCACACCGCUGGUCCCCAGGAGAGGCUGCUGUGGCUGGAAGAUAUGUUUGUGACAUCCUUCUUGUUUUUUUUUUGUUUUGUUUUGUUUUGAUUUUGAGAUCCUCCUGCCUCAGCCUCCUGAUUACUGGUGUGACAAGUCUGCACCCAAAUAUGGCCCAGCUUGUCAGGGAACUUAGCCUAGAAAGUUCUGGAAUGAUGGCGCCCCACCAGCUGCAUGGAGCACGGCUCACUCCUGUCCUCAGAGGAGUGAGGAAACUGAGGCAGAUCCGGGUCUGUGUGUGUCCAGCUCGAGAGCUCGUGGGGUAAAAGUGUGGGCCGAGCGCCAGCUCCAGCCUCCCGAGCUGCUGGCCAGAGGUUGCACCCGGGCAGCCUGGGGAAUCAGGAAGCCGCACGGUGCCACAGGACGUCAGCUCCGGGGCUCCAGGCUUGAGGAGUUGAAUCGUGGAAAUGUUCAGUGUGCUGACUUCAUGGCUGUGCUCUUUAAAGCCUGCGAGCUUCAUUUGGUUUUUUAAAGACAAGGUCUGGGUGUGUGGCCCUGGCUGGCCUCAGACUCACAGCCGCCUCCUCCUCCUCAGCCUCCCAAGUGCUGGGACCACAGGUGUACCUGUGCUUGGCUCGGUUUCUAAAGUGCAACGCCAAACGUUAUCUUCACAGUGAGCAGUGUUGCCAGGGUUUUUGUUUCCUCUGUGUGUGCGCGCGUGUGUGAGAUCUGUGAAAAGUGCAUUUGUAGGAAGCUCUGGAUUCCUGCUCUGUCUUUGCUGCUUACGCACACUGUUGACUGCAGGUGUUUGUGUGACCUGUGUGCUUAUGGAUUCAGGAUCGAAAUUAAUUUUUGUUUCUGUGUUAGCAGAAAUUUGAAAGCCAUGUUUUACUAUAAAGAGAAAAAAUACAGUUUUCUUAUUAAUCUCUAUUAAAUCUUGGUGAGUGUUAAUAAGGAGAGUAGGGAGACCCAGUGUCGGGGAGGCAAAGCAGGGUCUACUGUGAGAAGCUGACUUGCAGGGUGUGGGGUGCACCGGUCAGCUCAGCCCAUGGGAGGCUGAGGCAGGAGCAUCUCAAGAGUUCAGGGCCAGCCGGGACCACAUGAUGAGACCCUGUCUCAAAGAGAAAAAACCCAACACAGAAGAAUCAGACACAUUGUCAAAAUAACCUGUUCUUAGGAUCCUUUUGCGCUGCUGGCUUUGGGUCUGUCCUGCUGAGGGUUAAUCCUGUUUCAUUUUGAUUAUGAAUCACCAGAGUCCCUGGUGCUGUUGCUAACUGGUUGAAAUCCGUGGCUGCCCUGGCCGUGGUUUUCAUCACAGGCUGAGUUUCAGACAUAACGUGUUUUUCUUCAUUUCAAGACCGGAAGGACUGCUGUGCCAAAAUGAAGUUCACCAUCAAAGAUAAAGCACACAGAAUGGCUGAAUGAAUUAAUAAUGUGCUUAAUAUAUGUCUAUUUUAAAAUUAACUUGAAGUUUAUUUGCUAUGUUAAUUAAACCUUACCGUACUGAAAGUUAUUCCUUGAAAACAUGAAUAUACAGCAAGAAAUAAAUGUUGCUUUUUGGUUGGUGCGGUUCUCA